GUUCACUACACAACACCUUGAGAGCACGGUAGAAGCGCGCGCACACAAGGCUUCCGCGGCCAAAGCAGUCGACUGUACCGGUACUAUGACGGCGAACUUCGAUUCCGACGAUUACUACGAGAACCUGGGUGUUCAACGCGAGGCGACGGAAGUCGAGAUCAAAGCUGCGUACGUCCUCCGUUCAGGAGGAGGCUGCACUCCAUGCUCAUCUUGGUCGUCCUUCAUGUCGCUAUUUGUGUAGCUACCGCAAGUUGGCGAUCAAGUACCACCCGGACAAGAAUCUGCUCAACAUUCAAGCCACCGAGAAGAAGUUUAAGAUUGUCGGGGAAGCGUACAAUGUCUUGUCCGACCCCAAGACGCGACGCACAUACGACGAGUUUGGGAAAGCAGGGAUCGAAUCCCAUGCGCAGCCUGUGACGAUGGACAUGGCGAUGGAGAUCUUUGAAGAGUUUUAUCGCUUUGGCGAGGCUAUGAACCCCAAUGCGCCCGCAGCGUCCAAAGGCAUCAAGCGCGUGGCUGUAGGAAUGCUCUAUGCUCCUGCGAAAGGCAUUCUGUACGGCGGCCGAGCCAUCUUGGGAGGGGUAGUUGUCGGAACUACCGCCGUCGCCGUCGGCUUAAGCGGCAUGGCCGUGAGCAUUGGUAUGGGCGUCAAGGAGAUGGGGGAAGCGAGCAUCAACUGCGCUUCCAAGUCAUCCCGCGAACGUCGACGGAGCGCCGCCCAGUCGGAAAGCAACCGCCGCUCCAGCAGUGCGUCCGAGCACUCGACGCCACCACCGACCAUCCCGGCGCCUCACAUGGCCGCGGCCGACGAACAAGAAAACCAUAUCCCGACCUUCAUGGGAGGUUUGAAGAAGGCGACUGUGAGCGCCGUGGCCAUUCCCUUGGCGGCUGUGUUUAGCGGCGGUGCAUUCAUCUUCGGAGGCACUUUACUCGCGGGGGGGUACUUGGUGGGCGGGAUAGCCGGGGCCAUUCACAACAUUUCGUCCGGCGUGCGGGAAAUCAAAGCAGCGUCUAAGCAACAACACAAUCAAUCGACGCAUGAUUGCCGAGCUUCGACGCCGGUUGCCGACGCUGCCAGUACCGACUACCAUCGCCCCCUCCAUACUGAAACCAAGUCAUGAGAUCAUAUCAAGAGCGCGUGGUUGCACGCACGGGUGUGUGCGUGCGUACAUCGCAGCGUGUUUUACGAUUCCCUGGUAUCGAGUAACUUAUAACGAUUUAUGUGACCAGAGUUGCAUGUCGAGGUACUACUGGAUCGCUACCCCCAAACGAUUCCCAUCUCGAAGUACUAUGCCAUCGUUCGGUAGGUUACCCUGCAGAGAUAGUAUCAUGUACAGCACCAGUAAAUGUCCACGAUCAAUUCCCAGGCCCUAACACUACGAAAGUGACCACCACUUAUAAGUCGAACGGCAGAGUUUAGAAUCACUUAAAAGCUUCAAUAAUCC